AUGGAAAAUUCUCCUAAUGGAUACUCUAAUAUUAUAAACAUCGCUGAUGUACCAUUUAUUCAAGAUGAUCAGUUGCUCGCCUCCUCAAACGACCUUGUUUACGGCAGAGCACAGUGCAUAAAUUUUGAACAGCAGCAGUACUCCGCAAACUAUUGCAUUCAACCGAUCCUCGAUCCUGUCGAAUCAGUAUCUGAAACACCUAAUCAUCUUCCAGUGUUCGAGGAAACUUUUGGAAACCUUGCUUCCCCUCUCUCUUCACGCAAUUCUUGUGCUUCUAUGGACGCUUUUGAAAUGACUAACAGUCCAACUUUAGCGAAUGACUUACCUCUAGUGUCUAACCUGUAUGAACCUUGCAACCUACACAACCGCCUGGGCGUGUUUACCCUACCAGAAAAACACGCUCUUUUGCCAGAUGAAAAUGCGCCUGUGCAGGAAGCCUGUUCAGGGUUUGCUGAGAACAGUAGGGUUCCUGAUCUUUCCAAUUCACUUGACCGUCCAAUGGAUGUUAAUGAAUUGCUCGAACUUAUCGACAUGAGUCUGCCACCUAUUCGAACUUCGUCUUCUGCUUUCCCGCUAGACGGUGCGCCGGAUAUUCACUUUGACGUGGAAGAUAUGAAAGAAACGGAACGGCUCUUAGCUACCUUCACGGAUUACAACAAAAUCCACAUUGACGAGCACUUGAUUGAUGCGGCGACGAACACGUGGUCAGUGGACGACCAGUCUUUUGAAAUUAUAUCUGUUUCUACUUCACCUGGAAGCCAGGCUGUGGACUGCAACAUGGAUUUUGACCUUCAGAAGGAAAGACGAAGGAAAAACAACGAGGCUUCACGUCGUUCAAGGGCUAAAAGGAAAGACAAAUUCAAAGCAUGUGAAGAGGAUGUCAAUCGGCUAGAAAUUUCCAAUUUCCAAAUGAAAUUAUUCAUUGAACGUCUCGAUGUGGUCAUAGACGAGGCAAAGGAUUGCCUUCUGUUACGAACCUGA